AUGAAAAGACUAUCAAUCAUUCAUUGUUUACAAGUAAGAUGUUUAUCUAUGAUUGUUGAAGAGAAGGUUUGUCAAAUUAAAUUAAAUGAUACUGAUCGAAUCGCUGCAAUUUCAUCAUCAUCAUCAUCAUCAUCAUCAUCAUCAUCAUCAUCAUCAUCAUCAUCAUCAUCAUCAUCAUCAUCAUCAUCAUCAUCAUCAUCAUCAUCAUCAUCAUCAUCAUCAUCAUCAUCAUCAUCAUCAUCAUCAUCAUCAUCAUCAUCAUCAUCAUCAUCAUUAUCACUACCAUUACCUUUAUUUACACAAUGUCAUUGGUGUUUUGUUUCAUGUUCAUAUGAGGAAGUGAUUUCAUAUUAA